GAGGACGCGGUGUAUACAGCAGCGCCUGCGAUGGAGGUUUUCAUAGAGGAAGUAUCUUUUUUUUGUCUUAUAACCCCUCCUGCCUUCUGUCGAUAAAACACCUUGGGUGAGAGCACUGACCAGCUCGAAUUUAAUCCAGAACGAAAGAAAGAAAAGUUUGUUUUAAGCAAUGGCGAGUUUGCUGCGUCUACUGCUGAGCGUGGCUGAAAAGGCCGCCAAUGUGGCACGGGUGUGCAGACAGGAGGCACCGCUGUUCGAGUUGCUGGUGCAGGAGAAAACAGGAGCCGACAAAAACAAAAAGUUCAUCCAAGACUUCAAGACGCUCGCUGAUGUUGUGAUACAGGAAAUGAUCCGACAUGACGUCUGUGCACAGUUUCCAGAGUUGAACGGCUUCAUUUACGGAGAGGAAUCCAACAAAUUUGAGAAUGGACUCGGAGAGAGUGUGACCGUGACUGUUUGCGCCAACCAAGAGGACACGACAGCUUUGUUGAUCAAAGUGCUGGACGGAGACAAAACGGCUGCAUCGCUCCUGGCCGAAGCCAUCCAUCAGAAGCUGCAUCUAAAAGACGAUCGUGCUGAGAACCUGCAGGUUCCUCUAAAACCAGAUGAUUUGGCCAUCUGGAUUGACCCAAUUGAUGGCACAAGUCAGUAUAUUCAAGGGAAGGAGCAGGAGAUAUCAGACAACAAGAUUUGCCCCUCAGGACUUCCAUGUGCACUUGUUCUAAUCGGAGUUUACCUGCGCGCCACCGGAGAACCAGUAAUGGGGGUCAUAAAUCAGCCAUUUGCAUACAGAGAUUCAAAAAGCAAAAGAUGGAAAGGUCAGAACUUUUGGGGAGUUUCGUAUGGAGGGAUCAACACAUGUUCCUUCACGCCAUGUAAGCAGCCUGAUGAGAAAAUCCCAGGGUUCAUCUCGGUGGUUCUGAGCUCCAGUGAGAAGCAGGAGGUGAAAGACGCUAUUUCGCCACUCUGUGGUGGCCAGCUGUCGUAUGCCUCAGGUGCAGGGUAUAAGAUCCUGUGUGUUAUUCAGGGCUUGGUGGAUAUGUAUGUGCUCUCAGAGGGCAGUACCUAUAAAUGGGACUCAUGCGCCCCACAUGCCAUACUGCGCGCCCUUGGAGGGGGCAUCAGUGACCUCAGUCAGUGCCUUUCUGCUGUCAAGAAUGGCAAUAAGGACCUCAAGGCAGAACUGACCUAUAAUAACCCCCAUGCUGGGUGUGAGGGGGCUGAGAAAUGGGCAAACAAGGGGGGUUUAGUGGCGUAUUUGGACACUGAAGUUCUAACCAGAGUGGUUAAAGUACUUGCUGACAAAAUAUAA